UACAUAGACGUCCGAAGAUAAGGAUUUGAGUAAAAAUCUACCAGGAUCCACUUAGGAAUCAGUUUGUUAUUGACAAAAUGGAGAAUGUUGAAUGGCUUCAGAAGGGUCUCGUUGUUUUGCUUUCUAUUGCUUUCUUUUGGAAGCUUAUUAGAUAUAUGUGGAGCUUCCUAAAGACAGAGAAGGAUCCAGUACGAGUACUGGUCACUGGUGCUGCAGGCCAAAUAGGCUAUGCUAUUGUUCCAAUGAUUGCAAGGGGAGUCAUGUUAGGCCUUGAUCAGCCAGUGAUUCUGCACUUGCUUGAUAUUGAACCUGCAGCUGAAGCCUUGAAUGGGGUGAAAAUGGAAUUGAUUGAUGCUGCCUUUCCUCUUCUGAAAGGUGUGGUUGCCACCACUGAUGUUGUCGAAGCUUGUAAAGAUGUCAACAUUGCCAUUAUGGUUGGUGGAUUCCCACGAAAGGAAGGUAUGGAAAGGAAGGACGUGAUGUCUAAAAAUGUGUCAAUUUACAAGGCUCAAGCUGCAGCCUUAGAGCAGCAUGCUGCAGCAGAUUGCAAGGUGCUAGUUGUUGCCAACCCAGCAAACACGAACGCACUCAUCUUGAAAGAGUUUGCUCCUUCGAUCCCAGAGAAAAACAUCACAUGUCUUACACGACUUGAUCAUAACAGAGCAUUAGGCCAAAUCUCUGAGAGGCUAAAUGUUCAUGUUAGUGAUGUCAAGAAUGUAAUCAUCUGGGGCAAUCACUCUUCAACUCAAUAUCCUGACGUCAACCAUGCAGCUGUCACCACCAGCAGUGGAGGGAAACGUGUCAGAGAACUUGUUGCUGAUGAUAAUUGGUUAAAUACAGACUUCAUCGCCACUGUGCAGCAGCGUGGGGCAGCCAUUAUCAAAGCUCGGAAACUAUCGAGUGCAUUGUCUGCUGCAAGUGCAGCAUGUGAUCAUAUACGCGAUUGGGUUCUUGGGACCCCAAAGGGAACGUGGGUAUCUAUGGGAGUGUAUUCUGAUGGAUCUUAUGGGAUCCAACCUGGCCUUAUUUACUCUUUUCCUGUUACAUGUGAGAAAGGACAAUGGUCUAUCGUGCAGGGACUCAAGAUUGACGAGUUCUCAAGAAAAAAGAUGGAUGCAACAGCAAACGAACUCAUCGAGGAGAAAUCAUUGGCUUAUUCAUGCCUUAAUUGAAAUGAACUAAUCUGUUCCCAUUAGAAUAAUGGAGGAAACUCCACAAAUCCAUGAGAAAUAAGGAAUUCUAAUUUCCAUCUAGCUUUCUUAUCUGUAACUUCUAUCGUACAUGACUUCUGUCAUUAGUAUGUGCUUGGGAACAACCGGCAGAAUAAGUGCCCCAUUCUGAUAUUC